GCACUCAAGACACGGACACAGCAACACGAAUAUGUAAGAAGCUCCCGAGACCCCACGCCACGCACACCAUCCCACCUCGAUCUCGACCAUCAUCUUGGAAGCGGCUUCGCCACCGCCUCGAGUGGAGAGAUUAGAGAGACCCGCGCGCCCCAGAGCCAUGGCCAAGACGAUCGUGAUCACCCUCCCGAAGGGGCUGGGCGACGGAAACAAAAUGGCGGCUCCGGCGCUGGCCACGGCCUCCAUCGCCUCCAGGCAGCUCGGCUCACUCCUCGCCGCAGGGAAUUUCGGGAAUCUGGUCCACAUCAUCAAGGACGAGCCGCCGCAGGGAUUCCCGACGCAAGGCUACCUGGAGGAGGAGAUGGUGCUGGGCGGGGCCUCGAGCGAGGACAAGCCCCCCGCGAGGAAGAGGCAGAGACUCGACCACCUCAGCAUGGAGGAAAAAAUCAUGAGGAGAAAAUUAAAGAAUAGAGUUGCCGCACAGACAGCGCGUGACAGGAAGAAACAGAGAAUGGAUCAGCUUGAAGCAGAGAUUGAUGAACUACGGGACCUAACAGCUGUUUUAUCUGAACAGAACACUUGUCUUGCAGAAGAAAAUGCAGAACUGAAGGAGAUGUUGACAAAAUGUACAUGUGGACAGGACAGCACAGAGAGCAACGUCAAUGAAGCCACAAACAUCAGCUGUGACGACACACAGAAUGCAGCAGUUGUCGUUGAGGAAGUCACGAUCCCUGUCAACAACCCCGCUGGUGGAUCAGCAGUAUCCCAAUCAGCAGAAGGCAGUGGGGAUGUUGGCAGUGCUCCGGAUCAUGGUUCUCUCAACACUCUGCUCACAGUGGGUCAAUACAGCUGCCUUGGCGGUGUUAGCAAACAGAACUCUCGGAACCCUUCCCAGUCUGCCUGCCAGCAACAAGCAAGUCAGCAAUUUGCAAACCCUUCCAGUCAAGAAGAGAACUGCGAAGUGGUGGGGACCACACCAACAGUCCUGGAAUCCAACUGGGAUGUAGCAGACCAUGACUAUACCAAAGGAAGUCACACAAAGAAUGAAUUGAACCUGAGCCUUACGCCUGCUGAGGAUGACCUUAUUACACAACUGACUAAAGCCAUGGACCAGGUUCCUGAAAUCAGCGUGAAGGACACAUCACCAGAAGGUGUCACCAUUUCAGUAGAUGACGUAGCACCUCAGACAGACAACCUUGCUACACCGGACAUUUUAAAGGAACUUCUGGAUGGCUGGUUUGAGAGUAACAUUGAAGCACAGGAAGUAAGUCAGGGUGCCAGUCAGGAGCUGAACACUACACCAGUGAAGGAGGACCUCCAACCCACAAAUGAGAGAGCUACAUCACCCAUCACCAAGGAACAGAUCCUGGAUUUCCUGCAAGACAAGAUGCAGAGUCCCAGUCAUGGGUCGUCCACAGAGUCUGAGUCUGGUUAUGAUUCCGUCACAUCUCCAAGGUCCUUGGGGUCGCCAGAGAUGAUUGACCUGACGUCCCCAAGGCCUUUGGGGUCGCCUGAGCCACUGGAUCAGGGGAUGGAACUGGACGACUCUUUCAGUGAAUUAUUCCCGUCACUGUUUUAGCUUGUUCAGUAUUUAAAAGCACCGUGUACCUGUGUUUAAUAUAAGAAUGUGUACAUUAGUCAGUUGAAUAUUAAGGUUGUAAAUAGUAUUUGUAAGACUUAGGCUUAAGGUUUGAAGUGUGAUUGCUAUUAAAAGAAAUAUUUUCAAAA